GCUCCAUUACAACCAAGCUUGUGGAAGAGUAGAGGCAUGGAGAGCUCAGAGACCAUGACGCAGGACCCCAGAUCGAAGUCAGCUUUGGGGGGGGGCACACCGCAAUACGACUAUGUCUGCUUUGAGAAAUGCACCCGUUACGGGAUACCUUUGGAGGCAGGACGCGAGGCCGGGGGGACAGGGGACGACCUGCACUACCUGGAGAACUCCCUCAGCUACCCACAGCUUUAUGGCCAAUACACAGACCAGAUAACCGACUUUGCAGAGAAGGAAGCAGCAAAACUACUGAAUAAGAAGCAGAUCCAAAAGAACAAUGAAAGACCCCUGAAACGUGAGAGUGAAGUAGAGAUCAAAGAAGAGCAAUAUUCCAAAUGUCAAGACUGUGCUAGACACAUCCAAAAAUAUGUUACCAAGAAGCUUGGAGAAGACUGGAUUUUCUUGAUUCUGUUGGGUCUGGUCAUGGCGUUGGUGAGCUGGGGAAUGGACUAUGCCAGUGCGAAGAGCCUACAGGCCUACAAGUGGAUGUACAGAGUGCUGCACCCGAAUGUUCCUAUGCAGUAUCUGGCGUGGGUCACGUAUCCACUUGUUCUUAUUCUGUUUGCGGCCAUUUUCUGCCACCUCGUCUCUCCACAGGCUGUUGGGUCUGGGAUCCCAGAGCUCAAGACCAUUAUGAGAGGAGUGGUCCUCAAGGAGUAUCUCACUCUCAAAGCUUUUUUGGCCAAAGUUGUGGGCCUCACAGCUGGGCUUGGAAGUGGCAUGCCUGUGGGGAAAGAGGGUCCUUUUGUGCAUAUUGCCAGUAUCUGUGCUGCAGUACUCAGCAAGUUCAUGUCAAUCUUCUGUGGUGUGUAUGAGAAUGUGCAUAGGCAGUUCGACUUCCUGGUGGCAGCUUGCGCAGUUGGAGUUGGAUGUUGCUUCGGGGCUCCUCUUGGAGGUGUUCUUUUCAGCAUUGAGGUCACUUCUACUUACUUUGCUGUGCGCAAUUAUUGGAGAGGUUUCUUUGCAGCUACCUUUAGUGCCUUCAUUUUCCGAGUCCUUGCUGUUUGGAACAAGGAUGCAGUUACCAUCACAGCCCUGUUCAGAACAAACUUUCGUAUGGAUUUCCCCUUUGAUCUGCAAGAGCUGCCAGCAUUUGCUGUAAUAGGGAUAUGUUCUGGAUUCCUUGGAGCAUUUUUUGUUUAUCUCAAUCGCCAAGUGGUCCUAUGCAUCCGGCGUCACACAGCUCUGAGCCAGUUUCUCACCAAAUACCGUCUCAUAUACCCUGGGGUUAUAACCUUCCUUAUAGCAACUGUGACCUUUCCUCCUGGAUUUGGGCAGUUCAUGGCAGGAGAGUUGAUGCCACGGGAAGCCAUCAGCUCUCUCUUUGAUAACUAUACCUGGGCAAAAUACACAGGGGACCCUCAGAUCCUAGGGAAAUCUGCUGCUUGGAUCCAUCCUAAAGUCAGCGUAUUCAUCAUCAUCCUGCUUUUCUUCCUCAUGAAGUUCUGGAUGUCUGUCAUUGCUACCACGAUGCCAAUCCCCUGUGGAGGCUUCAUGCCUGUUUUUGUUCUAGGUGCUGCAUUUGGGCGCCUUAUUGGGGAAAUCAUGGCAUCACUUUUUCCCAACGGGAUCAUCUUUGAUGGUAUAGUUUAUCAGAUCUUACCUGGAGGGUAUGCUGUCAUUGGUGCAGCAGCUCUGACAGGAGCGGUGAGCCACACUGUCUCCACUGCUGUGAUCUGCUUCGAGCUGACAGGUCAAAUCUCUCACAUCCUCCCCAUGAUGGUGGCUGUCAUUCUUGCCAACAUGGUGGCCCAAAGUCUGCAGCCCAGCCUCUAUGAUAGCAUCAUCCAGGUGAAGAAGUUGCCCUACCUGCCAGACCUGGGCUGGAAUCACAUAAGCAAAUACAAUAUCUUUGUUGAGGAUAUCAUGGUCCAAGAUGUGAAAUUUGUCUCCUCCAACUGUAAAUACCGAGACUUGCAAACUCUACUCCAAAGCACCACUGUUAAGACUUUGCCGUUUGUGGACUCAGCAGAGACCAUGAUCCUUCUGGGGUCUGUAGAGAGAUCUGAACUGCAAGCUCUCCUCCAGAGACAUAUAAGCCCAGAACGGCGGCGGCUCCUCAACAAAGAAAUGCAGCAGAAACUGUCUGAGGCAGCCUACGAUGGGCACAGCAAGGGACCGUGGACAACCCUGACAAAGCUGAAGCAUGAAUCUUUUGCUUAUGUUGAUGAGGAUGAGGAUACAGAGGAGAAGGGAGAGCCCCCAAGUCCCACUCCCAGUUACCCAGAGGAGCCCAAUGGCCCAACAAGUCCUCUUAAACAAAUGCCUGAAACUUUGGAGCCACAGCAAUUCCCAGACAAUUUCAGGCGUUUGAGGCAACUGAUCCAGCAGCUCUUGUGCCAUUACAACCAUCCACUUGAAACAGAGAGUGCCGUCCAGGAGCCGGAGGAAGUCAUUGAGACAAUGAGGCCAGAAGAGAUAGAUGCUUGGGAACAGGAGGAGCUGAACAAGAACGUGUGCUUUGACAACUGCUGCAUAGACCCUUCCCCUUUCCAACUGGUGGAGAGAACUUCCCUGCACAAGACACAUACAUUGUUCUCGUUACUGGGCCUCAGCCAUGCCUAUGUAACAAGUAUGGGGAAGCUGAGGGGAGUGUUGGCUUUGGAAGAGCUCCAGAAGGCAAUAGAGGGCUCCACACGCUCUGGGGUUCGCCUCCGUCCACCCCUUGCCAGUUUCCGUGAUAUGAACAGGACUUCCAUCAGCAGUGAGAAGGUCAGUCAGGCCACUCAGGUGUGGACCCGGCAGGACAACUGCAUGGUGGCAGCACAGCAAGCAGCAGACUUGGGCACAGAGAGCCUACCAUCUCCGUGCACACACCUCCCCCAGCCCUCACAUGUGCAUGAAGAGGGGGAAGUCCUGUGCUCCCCUUAUGCCACUGAUACCGAGUUGGAAGAGAUGGAGCUGACAGGGCCAGUAGCUGAAAACAUCUCAGACAUCCUCAAGGACAUAAGCAUACACUCCACUGACCUGGAUGAGGAUGAAGAUGAAGAUGAGGAUGUCCCUUUAUAGCUGGUGUGAGGGGAAUAGUCCUCACACUCUUCAGUUGAGCCAGUCUUCUUGUGUUUGCUCCUCAAAGAGAAGCUUUUGGAUGGUCUUUGCAAUCCCCACAGAGAACUGAUUCAGCUGGGAGAAGGGGCAUCAGACUGAGCCUUUCUUCUGCUGCUUUCUUUCUGUGCAAAGGCUGCUGGACUAUAUGGGUGUGUGCAGGAGUCAGAUGUGGACUGCAAGGUGGCUAAGGGCAAGCUGGUAAUGCUUAGGCUUCUGCCAUCUCUACAUAACGCAGCAGAAGGCAUAGUAACAGCACAUGAAUACUGCUGGACACAGUCAGGAUGUUCUGGGUCAAUCUGCCACAUGGAAAGUGGAGGAGGAGCAGCUUCUCUCAUUCUCCACUGGUGUCAUCCUUCCAGGCACACCUGACCUGCAUGCAGCGUAAGCACAGCUGGACCUCAGCCUGGAAGCAUAUUGCUACUUCUGACUGCAAUCCUGUCCAUGUUGUUGCAGUUCCUUUUCACUAGCUCUUAUCUUGCAUCCCUCCCAAACAUUCCCAUGUAGAAUAUUUUUCCUCUUUUUCAAUUUUUACUCUGGGAUUUUCCUGGAUGGGGGUGCAGUUAGGAGCUUCUCCUCUGUCCUUUAGCUGAGCCAUGCCAUAAAAACAGGUGGAGGUAAAAUAUUUGGUUUACAUUUCAUGUCUUGAAUUCAGUCAAGACUCUAAGAAAAGCACUGGAAGGGAGGAAAGCUUAUUUGUUGCCCUUCACCUCUGGAGUUUUUAAAUAGAAAGGGAAAAUCUUAAGAGGGGGCAUCCUCAGUGUUGGACAAAGAGGAGUAAAACAGCGUGUAUGCACCUACAUUUCAAAUACCUGUGUUUGUCUCUCUGAGUCACUGUUCACAAUUUUUACAAAGUUACAGUCUUAAAAUACAGGAACUCAAAAAACCAAUUAUGGAGUGUUACCAGGCUGCCAAGUAAUGCAGCAGAGGGAAACCACAUUUUCUACACUUUGAAAACAGGUUUAUCUCUGAAAAUUCCUGCUCUCUUUCCUGGUAAUUCUACCCUACCUACUUUCUGCAUAUUACUGCAUACCUCAGAUCUGAGAAUUCCAGCUCUCACUUUUGCCAGCUUAUCUCCAUUGUGAUUAACAGUAGAGACCUCAACGCUUGUCUGCAGCAUCCCUCUCUGUUCCAGUUCUAAAUCUGGAGCAGAUCUUGGUUUGUAUCUUACAAAAAGAUGUCUUGUCAGUUCAUGUCAUGCAUGCAAAACCUUAGCAUCUGAAGAUGCUGCUUUGUUUAACUUGCUGUCCUUGUGAGAUUUUCUCAGUAAAUAGGCAAAAUCAAAUUCUGUGUAUUCUGCACCUUUCCUCUUAACAUUCUACAUCUCUGUCAUAUUUUUAGUGUGUCAUGGCACUUAGAUGCAGUCCCAAGCAGCCUACGGGAUGUGUUUCCACUUAUCAGCAACAAAGAAAUCCAGUCUCUGAGAAUAUUAUUCUUGGGCAUAUUCUCCCAGAUGUUGCACCUCAUCCCCCCUCGCUAUAUUAAUAAAGCAUUACCUAACUUAGAGUGACCAGUUUCACCUUAAUAGGUUGUUUUUCAUAAGCUGUCCCAAGAGCAAGUAAAAAAUAUCAUUACCUCUAAUCCAGUCUCCCUAGGAAAAUUCCCUUCUGGCUUUAAUUUCAAGGAUUGACCUUGCACCAUUUCCUCUCUGAUGAUGCUCAUGGGUGGGAGAGUCUGUGACAAGCUUAUAAUAGAGGGAAAUCUCCGCAGCUAGCCUCUUGAAGAGGGAAAGAUUUAUUUUUGCGGUCUGGAAUUCAGAGCCACCAGCUCUGUAUUGUCACACAUGAUCUGCCUCUAUAAGCUAACUGGGGACAGUUAGAUCUUCAGUCCUCCAAGGGUCACCUUGUCCUUGUGAGAAGACAGUGGUGAUCUGGGGGCAAGUCUCUUGUGCACCAGCUGCUUGCUUCCACCAGGACAGGGUUGUGGCAUAUUUCUGGCUGUCAGGCAUUAGCACAGAGCCUCCCUGAUACCUUUAUGUCACCUUCCCCUGCCUGCAGAGAAGAGGCAAAACAACUGCUAUUUUUGUCUCAGGGUACUGUGAUAGUCUUUUAAAUAAGCAGGGGAGAAAGGAUGUUCCUUUUAAAAAACUGUAAAUGUGCAGUGAGUGCCAACACUCUGAGGCCAAAUCUGAUCAGUGGGUCCACACACCCUCAGGAAGGGUUUCUCCAAUUCAGCCCCACCUUUAUCACUAAUAAGUACAGAGUUAGGUUUUGCAGCUUAGCCAAACACUAGCACUGAGACAGAUGAGAAAAAAAGGAGAAACUCUGAGGCUGGAGUCAAUACACCUCCCCCUCCUCUCUCCUGAAUACAGAUAUAUGUUCUGCUUCAGUCCCACACUUCUACAGUGUGUCGCAGAAGAACUGGGAUCUGACUGGCUGAGAAAGCAGAUAGAGUCUAAAUCAAAGCCAGAGAGUAUGUGAGUCAUGACAGACAGAUUGUGAGCUGGAGGAGAUGAAGCUGGAACAAAAACAAUGCACAUGAAGAGGCUUGGGGAGCUCAGAGUAAGACACAAGCUAAAGUGGACAGUAUCCUGAGGUCUGUCACCUGAGAGUGCAAGAGAACACAUGGGUGCCCACACAUGCACAUACACAUAUCCCUCCAUUCCUAUUGCCUCUAUCUGUCCCAGAGUUGCCAUGAAGAGCUGGAUUGCUCCUGUGGGGAAGCUGAAAGGUGGGUGUUACUGCUGCUCUUUGGAGACACUACUCAAAAUCCAUUCCAAGUAUUCCACCAGUCUUGGAGCAGAAGCAUCAUUCAUCUGCACAUUUUCUCACCUGGGAAAAAGUAUGCAUACAUGAAUGUGUAUAGGGAGCCAGGAGUGGACAAAAUGCAUACUGUAAAGAUGCUUUGCGGUGGCUGAAGAUG